AAAAGUUUAGAUCUGUCUAACCUUUCCCAUUUUCAUUUAUUUAAUAACCAUCAAAAAUGGCUAACUAAACUUAAUAACAAAACAAUAAUUCAAACUAAUAAAUCUUGAAUGGUCUUGAUGAUCAAUUACCCAUAUUGUCCUUCUUAAAAAGACCUAAAAAUAAAAAUCUUAAACAGUCACUCAAUAGUAAAUAAUAUGAUUAAUAAGUAAUCAUUCAUCAUAAUUUAGAAUUGUGAAUACUAAAUAGAAGUAAUUAACCACAAAAUUAUUGAUAAACAAUUCACAAUCUAUUAAAUUAAAGUGACAUAUGGAUCAUUAUAUUGGAUUUUUUAAACCCGAUAUAGUCUUCUAGAAGGACUUCAUUCAAAGUUGAAUAAAGAGGUGAUAAAACAACUUGCCAAAUUUCCUGAAAAACGACUCUUUGGUAACAUGGAUCACAACUUUGUUCAAAAAAGAAAAAAUGAAAUUCAUUAAUACCUAAAAGUACGCACUAUUUUUAUUCUAGAGCUUAAUCUAAUAUGGAAAGAAUGAAAAGCCUGUUAAGGAUUUCAUAAAGUAAUCUUAAAAAGCCGCGAUCGAAAUCAACGAUCCCUGUGAAUUGAAACAUUUUAAAUUAGACUUAUGAAUUAACAGAAUAUCCAUAUAUU